AUGAAGCCGGCACCAGACUCUCCGCGCUCUUCUCAAUCACCACCACCCUCAGGCCCUCAAGGCGACCUAGAGCUUGAAUUGCUAGGUCUCGCCAAUGCUCUGUACAACCUAGGGACGACCGUCAUCAACGACUCGACCAAGGAGCGUGACAAGCCCGGCUCAGGCGGUGGCAAGCCCGUGGGGAUGAGAGUUAACGAGGUCAUCAACCAUCUUGCCACCAUCGACGACAUGGCCAUGCAGAUUCCAACCAGAAUUCCCGUGCAGGUUCUCGCGGACAUUGACAACGCACGGAACCCGAUGCAGCUCACGAAAGAAAGGCUUGAACGUACGGCGACCGAGAAUCAGUUCAUGAAUGGAAAGAUUGCUGCUGUCGAUUCAUAUCGCAAAUACCUCAACGAGGCUCUUAUACAAAGUUUCCCAGACUUAGAGGAGUAUCUACAGCCUCCUACCAAGACAGAGGGACCGAACGGAAUUCUGCCUCCAAAUGGAUACUAA